GACCUCCUGUCUUCUACAUCUUUGCUCUUCCCCAGCAGCUCGCUCGGAUUAUGCACGUAGUGGCCAAUCGGGAAAUGUUUGUGGAAUACUGCUGAAAGUAAACAUCACUCUGGGCUUUCCGAUAAAGAUGAUGAAUCAUCACAGGAUAACUUUAGCAUCCAGGGCCCACACAGAAACUUGGCUGCGAGACUGUCCUAACACAGAUUUCAUGAGCCCUGCCUGCGAGGAUGCCGCUGAAGGAACGCGAGAGAGUUGACAGCUCCGCUUUAGGCCGCCAGCUUUUCAAUCAGCCAGCCGGUUAUCAGAAAAACUCCUCAGAGAAGAGCAUCGCUUCCGGAAGGAAUGGAGGCGGCCGCGAGCUGUGGAAUCCACACCCGCCCGCACCUUCGCCGCCAGCCAGCCGGAGCUCUGCGCAAGGCACGCUGGGACCCGCGGAUCUCAACCACCGUCACCAAGGCAACCGGCGAGCGCGCGGUCGUCACGGAGACCGGCUAGCGCCUCGGGGAGCGUCGGCCGGCGGCAGCCUUCGCCCGCAGCCCAGGCAGGAUGCUUCGCCGGGGCUCUAAGGCCUCUGAAAGGCGAAGGCACUUGAGCGACCGCGUCAGCUGGCAACAAGAGCAGGCGCUGAGCAGCAGCAUCUACCUCCUACGAGAGAUGGGCCCCACCGGCUUCCUGCUGAGGGAGGAGGAGCCGGAACCCAGGGAUUUCCGAGUUUUUCUAGGAAAUCCUCAUAUUUGUAACUGCUCCACGUUUCUGAAAGGAGGGGAGCUUUGUAAGCAUAUAUGCUGGAUCUUGUUGAAAAAAUUCAAGCUUCCAAGGAAUCAUGAAUCUGCGUUGCAGUUAGGUCUGGUGGAAGGAGAAAUCAGUGAUCUGCUUCGGGGGAUACACCGAGUUCAAACUCCUCAACGAGGAACGAAUGACACAAAUGCACAUAUUGAAGAAGAUGGGUACAUUAAACAGAAAGAAAUUGCUUCAGAUGAUAUCUGCUCUAUUUGUCAAGAAGUACUUUUGGAGAAAAAGCUCCCUGUCACCUUUUGCAGGUUUGGCUGUGGCAAUAGUAUUCAUAUAAAAUGCAUGAAGAUCUUAGCUGAUUAUCAGGAUAUAUCGAACACUUCCAUGCUGAAAUGUCCUCUGUGUAGGCAUGAGUUUGCACCCUUAAAACUUAUUUUAGAGGAAUUCAAAAACUCUAGCAAACUUGUAACUGCAGCUGAGAAAGAACGACUGGACAAACACCUUGGAAUUCCCUGUAAUAUCUGUAAACAAUUUCCAAUUGAGGGGACAUGUUACAAGUGUACCAAAUGUAUAGAAUAUCACUUAUGCCAGGAAUGUUUUGAUAGCUGCUACCAUCUUUCUCACCCAUUUACAUUUCGUGAGAAGAGAAAUCAAAGAUGGAAGUCACUGGAAGGAAGAUCAGAUGAAAUUGUAAAAAAUAGAGAUGUUAAAAAUGAGAUAGAAGAAAAGAUGCCACAUUUUCAAGAAAAGCAAGGCCAGGUUUACACACCCAAACACGUGGUAAAGUCACUGCCUCUCAUACUGAUUACAAAGAAGAGUAAGCUGCUUGCUCCAGGUUUCCAGUGUCGGCUUUGUUUGAAGGCAUUUUGUCUUGGUCAACAUACAAGAUUGCUACCAUGUACUCACAAGUUUCAUAGGAAAUGUAUUGACAGUUGGUUAUUCCGAAAGUGCAAUUCAUGCCCCAUUGAUGGACAAGUUAUAUAUAAUCCUUUAAUCUGGAACAAUACAGCAGUGAAUGGACACGCACAUCAGUCUGUUUCAAACACAGACAUCACUCAUCUGUCAAAGCAGCAAGAAUCAGAACUUUUUAUUCCUGGUACUGGAUUAGUCUUAAAACAAAAUAGACUUGGAAUUUUACCUGGCAUACCUGAAUGUAAUUCUGAAAAGUUAAAUACACCUCAAAGUCCGACAGAUACCUAUCAGAAUAUAACAGUUGAUGAUCUAUUCUCUAUCAAAUUAGAUGAUUCAAAUUCAAGAAAAUUAGUCUAUGAAUAUAAAAUUAGCCAGCAUUUCCCCAGGUAUCUUCAAGAUUUACCGUCUGGAUCCUUUGGGAAAAUAUCAUCUCAAACAUUUCUUCCUUCCAUUGCUCACAAGAAUAUUAUAUGUCCCGCUGGAAUGGAAAUCCCAUGUAUCAAUGAAAAAUACCACACUCGUCAAAGCCAGAAGAUGACCAAAGACUGUAAACGUAUUAAGCACAAUCCAAAGAAAACUCUUGGUACUAAAAUAAGAGAGAACAACACGAGAUCAAAUUCUUUCCUUCCAGAAGAUUUAAAUCAUAUUGCCAACUGGGAUACAACUAAACCUAAUUUGUCUAAAAGGUAUAAUAAUUGUACGGGGAAAAUUAGACAAAAAUGUAGUCAUCUAUCAAGAAGGCCUAUAUCUCACCCUUUAAAUACAAAAAGUACUGAGCUAUCUUUAAUACUGGAGGGAAUUCAGUUAUAAAAAUGUAUUUUUGAUUAACAUCAGAAAAUAUUUGAAUAUGGAACAUAAGAAUGUUUUAUGUAGAACAUAAAAAACACUACAUACUCGUGACAAAUGUAUAGAAAAUUCUCUGUUGUUAUUUUCCCUACUCGUCUCUGAAUAAUGACACUUAAAGGAAAUGACCCCAUUCCUUAUAAAACUUAGAGCAUCAGGUGUCUUGAUGAAAAUGUUCAGGAUGUUUUGAAUUAUAAAUAAUUUUUGGAACUUUUAUAUCUGAUUUUACACUAAUUAAAAUAAUUACUUUUGCUAAAACUAAGAAAAUAGGUUUUCCUUGUGUUGAGUCACUGUUUUCAAGCAUUCCACUUGGUAGCAUAUAACAUGCAGGGAUUCUUUCCAGGUACUUAGAUGUUUUUUGCAUUUUCUUGCACUAAUAAUCACCACAAACUUAGAGAUAAGUCCAGAUGGUAGUUUUCUUUUUUAUUUUAUUUCCUUAAAGAAGUCUUCUUAUAUGUUAAAUGAAAUAAAAAAUACUUAUAAUGCUAUAAGCUAUGCCAAGUUAAUAACGGUUUUACUGUUUUAUUUUCAAGAAACUUAGAAGUACUACUAAAUUUCUUGAUACAAUCAAUAUUAAAGGAUCUGUUUUUUGGAACUAGCUCUAUUUUGAAAAUAACUAACAUUGUUCCAAAAUGUUGAUUUGAAAAGUGUAACCCUUAGGUUCUUAUUUUGUCUAUUUUUAAAUGUUGUGGGUCAGUAGCUACUUAAAUUUUAUUUUUUUAAAAAACUGAUAAUUUCAUUGAUUUUUAUUAUCUGUAACAAGGGAAAAAACCUCACAUAAUAUUUGUCAUGAUCGUGAUGGAAUGCAUAGUUUUAUGAAACAAAUCUUGAAUCUGUCAAGCAGAGAAAGUUCUUUGAAAAUAGCAUUUGAAUUUAAAGAAAUAAUUAAUUAAGUUGAGGUUAAUCACAGACAGAAAGUAAUUACUAAAAUGUAUUUCAAACACAGUAACUGAGAGUUAAU